AUGUCAAUUGGUAUACCAAUCAAAUUACUUCACGAAGCUCAAGGUCAUGUUGUGACUCUAGAAUUAAAUAAUGGAACUGUUUAUAGAGGAAAGCUUUCUGAAGCUGAAGAUAAUAUGAAUGUGCAACUUCGGGAGAUCACAGUGACAGCUAGAGAUGGUAGAGUAUCACAGUUGGAUCAAGUAUAUAUCAGGGGAUCACAUGUUAGAUUUUUUAUUGUGCCAGACAUGUUAAAAAAUGCACCAAUGUUUAAGAAGAUUGGACCGAAUGCUAUGAAAGGAAGAGGGAUAGGUAUGGGCAGAGGAAGGGCUACCGUUGCAAGAGCACAAGCUCGAGGUGGAAGAGGAAGAGGUUUUCGUGGUGGUUCUCGUGGCCGUGGUCGAUCUCAACAAUAA